AUGUUAUACCCUCAACGUUUUAGCGAUUUGCAAAUUUUACUAAUAUUUUGGAAUAUUAUUUAUCAUCUAACUUUUCUGAUUAAUGCUAAUGAUUUAUACAUAAAUGGAAUCAUUGUAAGUCAGUUUAAAAUUGGCUAUCAAUAUAUGUAUAAAUGGAGAAUUAUUCAUCAAAUGGAUAAUUCCUAUAAACUCACUAAUGAAACUAUUAGAAAUAAUAAAAUAAAUAAUCAAAGUUAUAUUAUAGAAGGAUUAGCAAAGAUUAUCAUUGGACCAAAUUGUGAUAUGCGAUUAUCUCUUCAACAAGUAGAAGAAAUUGGAGAAGUUCAAACAACUGGAGAUUUAACUUAUCAUGAAAAAUAUCCAAUAAAAUUUUGUAUCAAUAAUGGCAAACUUUUAUCAUUUGAAUAUUUAUGGGAAGAUGAAAUAUCUUCUGUUAGAAUAAAAAAAGCCUUAUUACUUCAAUUGCAAAUGUCUUCACAAACAUAUGGACAACAAUUUUAUACUGUCGAAAUAGAUCACUUGGGCUCAUGUCAAACAGAAUAUAUUCCUAAAACUAUCAAUUCACAUUCAGUGACUAUGAUCAAGAAACGAAAUUCAAUGUUUUGUAAUGAUGGGUAUCAACCAUUCUUUAUAACAGAUAAUUCAAAACUAAAUGAUCAACAUUUCAUAAUAAAUAAUCGACCUUUAUAUUUACAAAGUGAUUUAAUAUGUGAAUUGACACAUAAACUAAAUGGACCAAUAAUAAAUGUCAACUGUCAAGAAACUUCAAUUACUCAACAACAAUGGUUUCCAUUAUUUUCUAUAAACACCUUAACUCUUAAUGUAAAUAUGCAAAUAAAUCUUACUGAAGAAACUGAAUAUAAUGGUGAAUUUAUAAAAUUUGAUGGAAUAUCUGAAACGGAUUUUGAAGUACCCGAUAAAAAUCACACAUUAUUGGUUAAUAAUUUACUUAUAGAAAAUAAUAUCACAAAUCAUAAUUAUAUUAAUUUGAUAAUGAACACACCUGAGAAAUUCAGUUAUUUUAUUGAACAAUUAAAGUGUUUAACAUAUGAACAAUGGAAAAUAGUAUACAAUUCAUGGGAAGAAAGUAUUCAAACGAGAGAAAUUAGAAAUUUUCUUGAAAAUGUUAUGUUGGAGGUUCAAACUGAAUCAUCGAUAAUCUUUAUCAUAAAUCAUUUUAUUGUUAACGCAAAAAACGAAUAUAAACAACUUAAAUGGAUUAACUAUCUUAGUAUAGUAAAGAAACCAACCAUCGAGUUCAUGAAAGAGAUCAAGAGCUUGUUAACAGAUGAUUUAUACAAUCAUACAGUUUAUUAUGUCAGUUCAAAUAUAAAGCGUUUUUGUGAAAAUCAUCCAUCAUGUAUGAAAUCUCAAAUAAUCAAAGAAAUGGCAGACAUUAUUGAAAAUGCAGUUGAUUUAGAAGACAACACAAAGUCAUUAAAAACCCUCCAGACUAUUGCAAACAUUGGUAAAAUUUUAUCUUCUCAAAAAAUCAUUUCCCUUUUUCAAAAAAUUUUAAUUGAUUAUAAAAUGGAAUAUAAUGAUGAUUUACGAUUAAAUUUUGGGCAAAUAAUUGAUCAUUUUCGAUGUGAACAAAAUGUAGAUAAUAUUCUAUGGAAUGUAUUUUUGAAUACUACUGAAUCAAAUGAAUUAAGAAUUACAAUUUUUAAUUCGUAUAUUAAAUGUUUAACGGAUGGAAAAAUGAAAAAAAUCAUGAAGAUUUUAAAUAAAUCUUUAGAUAUUCAAAUUCGAUCAUAUAUGAUAUGUAAACUGGUUAGUUUAUUCAAAACACAUGAUCCUUCUAAAAAGCAUUUACAAUUAAUAGUUUAUAAAUAUGAAAAUGAAAUUAUUCAAUUAAAUAAAGAUAAUGGAUUUCUCUUUAUCAUCAGAAAUUCUGGAUAUUAUGAAUGGAUUCAAAAAACCAAAUAUGGUAACUUCUUUGUAGAAUUAACAAUAAUAUACGAAUCAUACAGUAUAUUACCGAACACUAUUAGGAUGAAAUUAAAAUAUCAAAAUAAAGCAAAAUUAUCUAAUAUUAUCGAUGUUUUAUAUCAAUAUGGCAGUGAAACAUUCCUUUACAAAUUUCUAAUCAAUCUAAUCAAAACAAUCACAUCAACUUAUGUUCCAUGGAUGAAAGACUAUACAGCAAAUAUUGAUAAUCAGACUCAAACAUUGAGAAAAUAUGAUUCGAUUUUCAUCAAAUGGUUUGAUGAGAUUAUAUUUCACUCAUCAAAUAUAAGUUAUCAAAUUCAGAAUUGGUUUACUACUGAGAAGACUAUCUUGAGUCAACCAAUCAAACUGAAUCAUGCAAAACAUCUAUGGAAAUCAAAAAAUGAGCAACCAUUAUUAAGUGGAUUCUAUAUUGAGUGGAAAACAAAUGUUAUUUCUUAUAUGAAUUCCUAUAUGAGUAGUGUGUACAGUCUGAAUCCAUAUCAGUUUUCAUUAUUCAUAAAUCACAAAUCAAAAUUUUAUACUUCUCAAACAGUACAACUUAUGAGUGGAUCCUAUGAAAUUUUUGGUUAUCAAUCGGAUAAACAAAUUGAUUGGAAUUUUCAUUUAAAUAAUAGUUUUAAACUUGCCACUGUUUCUAAUUUGUCAAUGGAAAUAUUAUUUGAUCCAUGGAGUUAUAAUUAUGAAUUAUUUAAAUACAUAAAAACUGAUUUUUUCAUGAAAAAUGGUAAACCAUAUAUCAAUUCUCAAUCAUCAAUAUUAAAUCAUUCAAUAGAAACAACACUUCAUCCUUUUAAUUGGUUACAUUUAAAUAUUGAAAGAUUAUGUAAUUCUGAAGACAAAUACUUAUCGAUCCAAUGGUUUCAAAUCAACAUCAUUGAAAUUAAAGGAUUUUUAUUUCAAUUUAAUUAUUUAUCUACUAGUCAUGAAGAAACAAAAAAUAAUCUAACUAACACUAAUCACUUUUUUAUUCAUCGAUUAAAUGUAUCUAUGCAACAGAAUCAUAAUUUACAAAAUAAUAUUUUCCAAUUCAAUAUCAAGAUAAAAUAUCAGAAUAAUAAUUUACAAUAUGUUGAUUUAAAUUGUUUAGUAUUUCAGAAAGAUUCAUAUCAUUUACAAAUUGACAUUACUCAAGACGGUUUAAUACAAGCGAUAGGCUACUUUAAUGAACAAAGAAUGAUCAAAGCAAAUGGAAGUUUAGAGGUUCAAGGAAACGAUACAAAUGCAAGGAUACAGCUUCAUAAUCCUUCCAUAUUUUUAAAUGUUAGUUUUAAAAAAUACCACAAUUCUCUUCUCGUUGUACGAGCAAUUAGUCAAGCUGAUCAUUACCCAUUCCAAUUCAGUUUGAUUAAUUAUGUAAUCAAUCAACAACAUCUUAAAAUGUUAACAGUCAAUACAUUUCAAACAGUAUUGUCUUUGAAUGUAUCCAACUUUUUGAAAAUAUAUUGGAGUAUUAGUUUAAAUUCUACAGAAGAUAAUAAUUUACCUUCAUAUUAUAGCAAAAUGUUAUUCAAUAUAACAAUAUUUCAACAUUUCCUAAUUUAUCAAAGCUCAGUCUAUUGGAAUGAAACUUCAGUUAAUAAUACUAAUGUGAAUACAAAUGAAAAUGAUAAAAAUAUAACAAUUAAAACAAAAGCUGAAAGCUCAGCAUCCAAUCACUUCAAUUUCGAAUGUACCAUCAAUAUGUUUAAAACAAAAACAUUUCUGACUCCGUAUUAUGGACAGCCGACUAAAUUUCAUAUUCAUAUUAAAUUUGUGUCUCCAAAUAAAAAUAGUCUUCGCGAAUUCUCCUUAAUGACUCAUUAUGAGGUUAAUAUUCAGCAAUUAAGGAGUAUUAAAACGUCAGUCACCUUCACUUUUGCUGAUGAAAAGAUUGGUUUCAUUCUAAACAAUCAACUAGAAUGGAAAUUAACUGAUAUUGGAAUGAUAAAUAGAUUAUACAGUACAACUAAUAUUUAUUCUAAAUUAAUGAAUGAAUCUAUUAAAUUAAUUUUAUUGCAUAAUAUUGAAAAUCAAUUAUUAUCAUUAAUACUUAUGGAAUAUAAUAAUCAAUAUGAACAAAAAAUUUAUUCCAUUAAAAGUUGGUUACAACCAUGGCGUAAUUUACAUGAAUUUAUAUUACAAUGGCCAAAUUUAAAAUUACUACAAAUUAUAACUAUAUAUGAUAUUAUACCAAUAGAUUUAUAUAGUGGAAUAACAUUAGAUCAUUUAAUCUACUUUAAUCAUAUAAAAUAUUUUAUUAUAAAAAAUCAAAUCAUGUUUAAAUUAGAUGAACAAAAAUUAUCUAUUUUAUAUCAAAUCAAAAGAUUUAAUGCAUCAAAUACUACUGAAUUAACUUUCAUUAAAAGUAAUAUAACACAAAAUGAGGAAAUUAUUUUACAAUUAGAAUUCAUUAUACAAUUAUAUUACCAUAUCAAAUUAUUACCAUUAUAUAUUCAACUGAUAUGUGAAAGCAAAAUUCAUUUUUAUUUAUCUAAUUAUAAAAUAAAUAAAAAUAUGAUGGGUAAAUUAAAAUUGAAUAUAGAAAAAUUAAAAAGUGAUAUACAUUUUGAAUUAUUAAAUGAUUAUUUAAAUAAUCAAUUCAAUAAUGAUAUUCAAUUACAAAUGAAUUAUGAUUUUAAUAAUAAAUCAAUAAUUCAUCUAAGUUUUAAAACAAACACACAAUUGAAUAUACAAAAUAAUUUAAUGAUUUAUUGGAAAUCAAUAAAUCAUUCACAAUAUUUAAUCAUAAAUUGUAUGAUUCCAUCAUAUGGUAAAUUUAUUUAUCAUUUUAAACAUAAAUGGAAUCAUAUUUAUUCUUUUGAAGGUUCUAAUAUGUUGUCAAUUCAAUCAUUUAUAAUAAAUAAUUGGUUGAAUGGAUUUUAUUUAAAUAAUAAUUAUAUUUUACAAUUAAAUACAAAAGAAAAGUUAUUUGAAAUAUAUAUUGAAUAUAAUACAAAUAAUUCAUUAGGCCCUGGUACACCAAUACGUAUAAGAAUAAUGUUUAAACAUGAUGAAUAUUAUAACCAUGGUAAUUUAGAAAUUAGUUUAAAUUCACAAAUAAUUGGUUAUUAUAUUGGAUAUGAAAUGAUAAAUAGUAUGAUUCAAUAUCAUUUGGAUACAAGUAAUAAUGAGAAAUCAAUAGAUUUUAUUAGUCACUGUAUCAUUGGAUAUCGUUUUUAUGAAGGUCGGGGUACAAAAGGUUAUCAAAUUGAAUUAUUUAUUAUACAAUAUAUAAAUAAUGAUCAACUUGAUAUUUUAUUUAAAAUUGGACAACCUGGUCUAGUUAAUCAUAAUAUAAUAGAAUAUAAUCAUUUAUUACAAAGGAAUCAAACAAAAUUUCAAAUUACUACUGUUUAUUUAAAUAAUCCUUAUUUUCAUCUACAUUUUGAUAUUCAAUAUAUUGAGAAUUUAUUAUUACCUAUUUAUUCAAAUAUUAGUCUAUUUAUUCCAUGGAAUCAUUUAAGAUUAACAAUACAAGAACAAUUAAAAAUCAAUAAAUCUUCUUCUAUCAUUUAUGAAAAUCUAUUAAUUUCAAUGAAUCAAUCAACAAUAUUUUAUCAUUUUAAUCAAUCAUUUAUAUAUGAAAAUAAGUUAAUUAAAUCUUUAAAUAUACUUCAGAAUAUAUAUUUACAAUGGAAUACAAAUGUAUAUCGUACACAUUAUAGUAUAUUAUCUUAUAAAUGUUUACAAAAUACUAUGAAUACUGAAUAUCAUGAGCAAUUUAUAGUUAAUUGGAAUUCAUCUAUCUAUUUAACAUGGAUUCAUAAUCAUUUCAAUAAUAAUUUAAAUAUUUAUUAUAAUUUAACUGAUCAUAUAUGGAAUAAUAGAAUUGAUGGAAAUAUGACUGAAAGCACUAAAAUCAAAUUGAAUACUACUAUAUAUCAAUAUAAUUAUUAUGGUAAUAUUAUCAUUUCAUUUUAUCAUAUUGAUAUUAAACUUAUAAAUACAACAUAUAUUUAUAAAAAACAAUUAUAUAAUUCAUUGAUAUGGAAUUAUAUUGAAUUUAGUUAUUGUCAAAAUCAAACAAUUCAUACUGGAUAUUUAAUAGAAUCUAUAUAUAAACAACAAACUGAUUUGAUUUCUUAUCAAUUUUAUAAUAAAAUAAAUAAUAAUACAAUUUCAAAUGUUUAUUUACAAUUAAAAGAUUUUGAUAAUUUUCACGUUAUUAUAAACAUUAUUCCAAUUAAUUUUACUAAUAUUCAAUUUAUUGAUAUUCAAUUAACAAGUAGUAUAUCUGUAAGUAAUAUUGAUUGGAUGUUAAAUGGUACAAUGGAAAUUCAGCCAUAUUUACCUAAAAUUUUGAUGCUAAUCAAAAUAUACCCAAUUAUGUUACAUUUCAAUAAUAAUAAUAAUACAUUACAUGUUCAUUCUAAACCAUUACAAUAUUUUAUUAUAAUGAAAAAUACAGAUAAAUAUAGUGAAUGGAAACUUUUUAAUAUGUCUUAUAUACAAACAUUUGAUAAUGAAACUAAUAUACAAGCUAAAACUGUAUCUAUUCAAUUAAUAACACCAUUAAUAAUAUUGCCUUAUAUUACAGUGACAGUAAAUAAAUCCAUUCAACGUAUAACUACUAAUGAAACAUUGAAAAAUUUAAUUGAAUUUAAUCAUACUACUAAUUAUAAUCAGUCAAUUAAUAUUCAAAUGAAUUCAAUACAAAUCAAUAAUAAUAAUUUAACGAUUUUAAUUAAUAUUCAUAAAAAAUAUAAAUUAUUAUUAGAUAUUAGAAAAAUUACAAAAAAUUCUUUAUAUUGCCAUUUUAUAAAUAUUUCAUUAUUUAAUCAACAAAAACAAUUAAAUAAUUUUGUACAAACUUUCGAAAUAAAUCAAUUAAAUAAACAAUUUAACAUUUAUCAAUUAAAACAACAUUUACAAAUACUCAAUAAUAAUAAUGAUAGUUGUUAUUAUAAUUUAUUAUUCAAUUUAAUUCAUUCAAAUAAAGACAAAAAUAAUUUGUUUAAUUUAUUUAAUUUACAUUUUAAUUCAAAUAUACCAAUAUUAAUUAAACAACAAAUAAAUGAAAUGAAUAUAUAUUUUGAAAAUAAUAAUAGUAUUAUUGAUAAUCAGUUUAGUUUUAAAACAAUAUUUAAUUAUUCAUUAAAUGGUAUUCAAUUAAUUUAUUAUCAAUUACAAAUUAAAUUAAUUAAAAGUAACUAUUUUUUAUUAUUAUUUUUAAAAUAUGAAAUAUAUUCAAACAACAAAUGGAUAAAAUUUAAACAAAAUCAAAAUUGUUUUAUCGAAUUUCAUAUUUAUAAACAAUCUAAUUAUUCAAUUAUAUUUAAUUAUAAUGAAAAAUAUUCAAUCAUAAAUUAUGAUGUAUCACAGUCCUUAUUUAUAUUGAACAUUGAAAAGUUUAUAUUUUUUAAAACAAAUGUCAUGAAAUUUAUUUUAUUAUUAUUAUAUAAUACUACUAAUCAUUUGAAUUAUACAAAACAAAAUAUACAACAGAUUACCAAUAAAACUUUAUUUAUAAAUAAUGAAAAUUAUUUAAUCGAUUUUAUCGUCAUAAUUCCUAACCUUAUUGAUUUCAUAUUUAAAUUUCAAUUAUAUAAUACUAUUGAAUUUCAACAAAUUUAUCAAAUUUCAAUAAUAAACAUGAAUGUAUCUACUAAUUUAUCAUUUAUUCCAUCUAUCAAUUAUAUUAUUUCAAUGAAGAAACAAAAUAUUUCAUUCAAACAAUUAAUAACCAGCUUGGAUUAUUAUGGAUGUAUUAAGAAUUUAUUAUGUAAUAAUAAUAUUAACCAAUCAAAUCUUAUAUCACAGGCGAAUAGUAUAUAUAAUCAAAAUAAAACGAUAAUAAUCAAAAGUUAUUUACAAAUAUAUAAAAAUACUACUUAUAACAUCAAUAUACAUGUGAAUCUUAAUCCUAUAAUUAAAACAAUCAUUCGACAUAUUAUUGAUAUGAAUAUGAAUAAAAUAAAUGAUGAUUCAGAAAAUCUCUAUGUUCAAGUUUAUACAAAAUAUGAUUUAAUAAAUCAAAAUAAUUUCAUUUCUAUAUUAAAUUUAGAAAAUAAACAAAAAUUAAUCAAUUUUACUAUAUUAAUAAAUUAUUUACAUAAAAAUCAAUUUAUCAGUUUAUUGAUUUCGAACAUUUCAAAUAAUAAUAAUAGUGAAAUAAAUAUUGAAUAUUUAUCAGAAAAUGGGAAAAAAUCAAUAAUUAUUCGAACACUUUUGAGGAAAUUAACUUAUUCUAUUGAAUCAAAUCAAUUUAUAAUAAAUGAAACGAAUAAUAUUUAUAAAAAUAAAACAAUCAUAUAUGAAUCAAUUAAUAUGACAAAUCUUAAAGGAAAAAAUAAUAUUCGAAUUAAAUUUACUACUUAUCAGAAUUAUUAUAUUCUGUAUACUGGUGAGAAAACAGAUGAACACAUGGAAAGAUUGCAACAUAUUGGUUUUAAUCUAGAAACAAACAUUUUGAAACAAGGUUCUAUAAAUAUUCUAAGCAAAAUAUCCAAAUCUACAGGUAACACUCAGCUGAUAGUAACCAUGAAUCAUGGGUAUAAUUCAACUGCCGAUCAUCAACUUAUUGUUACAUGGCCACAUGUUUUCGAGGAGGAACAUUAUCCUUUAUUAUUUCUAAAAACUUCGAACAAGUCUUUGAAUCUAACUGUUAGUUAUUUCCAACAACCGGGUAUAUUAAAUACAUCCCUUCAGAUUAUAACAAAUGAACACCACACACAAUGUAAAUUCUACUGGAAAAAAUGGAAUUCUAUUCACCUACUGAUUGAAAAUUACCUGGAAUUCAAUUACAAUCUUAUUUAUCAAAAUUAUCAUAAUAAAAUUUCCCAUAUUAAUUAUGAUUACCAUGAUAUUUUUCAAAUAAUCUACCAGUUAUAUAGUCAAAAUAAAUCAUUCAAUUUUAGUUAUAUAAUUUCAAUGAAUUAUCAAGAUAAGAAUAUGUUUGUUAACAAUGCUGAUUUGUUAGAUAUUAAGUCAGUAAUAGGUUCCAAUGAACACAAUACAAUACUGCAAAUCAAAUUAACCAAGAAUUAUGGCGCCAUGUUACAAGUAAUCAGUCAUCAUCAGUCAAUCAAUCAAAGUAAUUUGAAUGGUCGUUUAAUAGUACACUUAGAUCAUUCAAACAUUCUUCAUUUAUUUUCGUACUGGAGACCAGAAAUAAGUGAAGAUUUAUCAUUAUCUAUGAAUGGAUUACCUAAACAAAUCAAUUCUAUAAUUCAAUUUAGUUUUUCUAAAAUAUAUCAAUAUGGACAACAAUUCAUUAUUAUGUUUACAAAUAAUUCGAUGAAUUCUAUAGAUCAAAUACAAUUUAAUCAAUUUAUUAAUAUAAUUUAUUCUGAUUUAGAAUAUACUACUUAUUUACUUAUAUAUUGGAUAAAUAAUGAAUCUGUUUUUAUUGAAUCAAUCAAUAUUCCAAUAAUUAAAAAUAUAUUAUCAAUGAAUUUAAAUAUAACAAAAUUAAAUUUUUUGGAAAAAUGGCAUGGAUACAAUAAAAUGUUCAAUAAUUUAAUUCAAUCUAAAUUCAAUUUAAUAAAAUAUUUUGAUAACAUUUAUAAACAUUUAAUGAUAUAUAUAGAAUCAAAUAUACAACAUAAUUCUUUCCAAAAAUUAAUAGACAAUAUUAAUCCAUUUCUUAAUUAUUUGGUGAAUAAAACGAUCGAGAAAUCAGAAGAUUUUUCCAAAGAUUCAAUUAAAGGUUUAAAAAUAAGUUUCAAUGCUUUUGAUUCUUUUUGGUAUUCUAUGGUCGAAAUCUACAAUAUAUGGAUAAAAAUGCCAUCAAAGAUCAGUGAAAAUAUAUACAAUCUCCUUGUUAAUGAUGACAGAAAUUCUGCGAAACUAGAAAAUAUUACAGUUUAUUUAAAACAGGUGAAUGAACGAUUAAAAAUCUCUUAUAGUUUAUUUGAAAGCAUUCGAAACAAUGUUAGCACUAUAGGGCAAUGUGCCAGUGAUAGAAUCAGUGAACAAUGGUGGAAUGAAAAUUCCAAUUAUGAACAACUGAAUCAGUUCAUCCAACUAAUUAAACAGAAGGAAAUAGAAGAAUCUUACACGAUACUAUUCAAACCACAUUUGAGGACUUUCACCAAAUCAAUGGAUAAAAAUCAAUAUUAUUUUAAAAUAUAUAUUCCACAGUUAGUCAAGAUAUUUACCUACUACGUACCGAAAAUUUGGCCUUAUUACCUACAGAUCUUAGAAGAACAAUCAAAAAUGAAAUCACAAGUAAAUCAACUAACAACAGAAUCUAACAAUUUUGUAUAAACAAUAUUUCUUUUUCUAUUAUAAAUAUCAUAAUGGAAUGCUUUUUUCUUGUUCCUUAAUCCUAAUGAUAAAUAAUAAAUUCAUACUACUGUUAUAUACAUAAUACAAAAAAGAAUUGGCAAAAUAUUUGUGAACUUAUG